CGGCACCUGAUUGGUCGUGGAGCUAAGUGGGGGAACCGGGGGGGGCACGUUCGCUGCAAUGAAAUUUUAAUUAAUGUGGGUGGGCUAAAACGGCACCGACGGUUUAGGGUGGACAAUUUAUUUCCCGGCGCAAAAAUCAACAUAAACGGAGCAAAAGUACAACAGCGAUUAACAUUUAUUUAGUAGCGCACAUGAGUCAGAAGCGCACUUCUCCUCCGGGGCUCACUCCAGAGUGCUCGAACUUUGCGUCAUGACGCUCUACCGCGGAUGUAUGGCGAGAUUCGGCGUGCCAGCUUCCGCACUGAACUUCUCCGCACCUCCGCUCAUCUACUUGUACAGAGGAGACAACGAUGGGCUGGUCCCCGCCGCUUUGAGCGUCGUGUCGGCGCGCCAGGAACCCCCCCAGAAGCCCCCUUACAGUUACAUCGCCCUGAUCGCCAUGGCAAUCAAGAGCACGCCGGAGCAGCGCGCCACGCUGAGCGGCAUCUACCAAUUCAUCAUGGACCGAUUCCCAUUUUACCACGAUAACAAGCAGGGCUGGCAGAACUCCAUCCGCCACAACCUCUCACUUAACGACUGCUUCAUCAAGGUGCCCAGGGAGAAGGGUCGACCCGGUAAAGGCAGCUACUGGACCCUGGAUACCAAAUACUCCAACAUGUUUGAGAAUGGCAAUUACCGGCGGAGGAAGAGGAAGGUGAAGAGUCAACAGGAGCGCGCUAAAGGUUCCUCGUCAUCCUCCGUAAGGGACCAUUCCAGCUCAUCUUCCUUGGUGGUGGAGAUGACCCUGAGGCAGGACGCAGAGAGAAUCGAGACGCAACCGGACUCAAUUCAACAGCAAAGCCGCAGAAAGAAAGGAUGUCACGCCGUGAAGCAAAACAGGAGGAAGCUGGACCAGAGGUCACCGCGGACGCAAAUACCCGGUGACAACAACUCCACUUCUCUUCUUGCGCAUUUGGCUCCAAAAUCAGGCGUUCCCAGCAAGGACAAAUGCACGGCGUUCAGCAUUGAGAGCAUCCUUGCAAAAAGUGAAGGUGACCUGGGCUCGCAGCGCCAACGUACUGGUGGUGUCGGUCCAAAUAUGUUUUUGGAAACUCGACGGCAUCACUUCUACCAAAUGGGAUUUCCAUUUUGCUCUUAUUUGUCACUCUCUUGUCCAGAUCAAAUUCUGCCUUACAAAUCUGAAUAGUGACACACAGAUUUAUAAUAUUAUUGAUUCAAACCGUGAUUCUCAACAUUUCUUUUUGGGGGGGUCUUAGAUUUCAAGGCACACCAUCAAACAAACUUAUUGUAGUCUGCCUGUCACCGCAAUAGACAGGUUGGACAAAGAAGUGAUGAAAUAAUUCUGAGCUAACCUUUGGACUUCCAUGCAUCUGAAGAUCUUUCAUGGCACACUGCCACAACACACUAGUUGGGAAUCACUGUAUUAUGCAAAUUCUAUGCAAAUGCAGAGCAGAUUAUUUUUAAAAUGCAAACGUUCAAUCUCGUGACCCUUGUGAGGAGAAACGGUUCAGAUAAUGGAUGGAUGGACAUUCUUCCACACGGCUCAGUCUGUUUAGAAGUCUCUCAUAUAAUGUUUUCUCUUCUGAAAUAAGAUAACAUGUUCCAAAGUAUAAUGUAUCAUAUAUUUUACAUAGCUAUUUCUACAUUUUGUGUAUAGUCUUUUGUAAUCCUGCAAGUAAGAUUUGAAUCCAUGCAUGACCAUUUCUUUUCAUCUGCUGUGAAUUCAUUGUGUAAAAUAAUAAUAAUAAUAAUAAAAAAAGAGCACUAAAUUGAAUAACUUGAUUUUGGUCCAUUCUUUGAUUUGCAGAGUUUAAGAAGUAUCGAUAAACCUGGCCACUUUGCAAUUGUGGAAAACUCUCCAAAUAAGGAUAUGAUAUGUUUAAGGUUCAGAAUAAAAGUUAAAACAUAAUUUUGAUUCAAUUGAUAGUAUCAUUAUUGUUAUUAUGAAAUACAAUUUACUGAAAUUCCACAGCAUGUGAUAAAUGUACUUUAACUUCCGCAGUAUUUACAACACCCGCAUGAAAUCAGUCCAGUCAGAUGACAGCAUCGUUUGCCUGUCUAAAUAUAAUUUUACAGCUCGGACACCCAGUGGCCUGAGAAAGCUUGGCCCUGCAGGGCUGUGCAAAUCAGGAAUGUUUGUUGAAAUAAAUAAAUUUGAAGAUGACCAACUCACAGUUAGACACAUUUCCUGUUUAUACUAUUGUUUCUUUUUCUGUGUGUGUGUGUGUUUUGUAAACAAAACAUGCUAAAAUGUCAGACGGGAAAGAAUGGAGAAACAGAUAUUUAUAGAAAUAGAGCAGAAAAAUCACUGUGUUACUUUCUUUGCUCUUUGUGUACAUUAGUAAUUCAACAAAUCAUUCAUCCAUCUGCAUUUUUGUCUUCUCUGUAUCAAGAAAGGGACUCAUAAAUGCUACUGUUAUCUGAUGGUGAGUGUUUGUAUUGUAAAAGAUCUUCAUGAGAUGCAACACUGGCAAAAUAAAUAAAUAAAUC